ACUGGAGGAUCCUCCCUACAUACAGCCUGUGAGAUCAUCACACUUUUAAUUAGACCGGAUACGACAAUUAUUGGGAAGUCAGCUGACCUCUCUCAGCCCUUUAAAAGGAGCUGGAGUCAAACUUUCAGCAGGAUUUAGACACAGAGGCUCAACCAAGUUUCAGGUUUUCAAGGAGGAUGCCUUCCACAGUAUUUUACUCUGUUAUUUUUGCGGCUUGUGCUGUGACUUUUAGUGCUGCUCAGACAAGCUGCAAAGGACGAUGUGGUGGUGAAUACUACAGAGGUUAUGACUGCCAGUGUGACUAUACCUGCCUGAGUUAUGGUGAAUGCUGUGAUGACUUUGAAUCACAAUGCACCACAGAACACUCAUGUCAAGGUCGGUGUGGAGAAUCCUUUAAGAGAGGCCGGCGGUGUACCUGCGACCCUGAUUGCGUCAAGUUCAAGCAGUGUUGUUCAGAUUUCAAGGAACACUGUGAUGCAGAAGAGCCACCACUGAAUGAAGCAACAGAGCCACCAUUCAAUUAUGAUGACUAUAAUACACUUCCGAUGGCCAGUCCAUCAUCAUAUCCACAAGAUGAUCUCAGUGAUGGUGAGGAUCCAUUGGUAAGUCCUACCCCCGAAAGCACCAGUGGCGGUGGACCCUCUACUGCUGACCCGCUGGAUCAAGUUACCACACAGGCCAAUGGAGAAGCUCCCACUGAGAGUGCAGAUGUAAGUGAUGCUGAGACGACCAGCUUGCCUGACUCAGGAACAACUCUUCCUCCAGCCUCCACAGAAGUUCAGGAUGUCUCUAGCCAGCCUACUACAACCUCAGCACCCCAAACAGACCCUGAUCCCACAGCUAACCCCCCAGAGCCAGAGCCAGAGCCAGAAGUGCAGGCAGAGGAUACAGAUCCAACUGAAGCCCCCACCACCACAUCCGACCCACCUGUGGCUUCAGUAACCACAGAGCUCAAACAGGACUCCUCCACAGGCUCAGAAGACUCUCAGGUUGCCACCACCUCUGCCUCUAUAACGCUGGACUCAACACCCAUCCCAGAGGGAACCACUUCAAACCCAGAGCCAGAUGGUACUGAAGGUGACUCUGGGGACGCCACAACAGACCCUUCCUCUUCUCUGCCAGACCUUCAAGAUCCCUCCACAGAUGGUUCUCCAGCACCAGAGCUUGAUUCCCUGACAACCCACGUUCCCUUAAUCACAGAUGCACCACAGGAUGACACGAAAGAUGAUGCCACGCCAGGAGAAACCACUGCUGAUCCACUACAAGUCACCCCAGAACCAACUAAGCCCCAACCAUCUGAACCCACCUCAAAACCUCAGGUCAAACCUGUCCCACGCAAGCCACUUCCGACUAAACCGACUCCAUCUAAACCCAUCUCCAAACCUGACACAAAGCCUGUGGAUCCUUCACAAACUCUGAAUGUAGACAACCCUAGAGACUACCAAGGAGAUGACAGCAACGAUACAAAUCUGUGUAGCGGACGGCCGGUCAGUGCAGUCACCACAUUGAGUAAUGGCACAAUAGCAGUUUUCAGAGGGCACUACUUCUGGUUUCUGGAUAGUAACAGGGUGCCGGGUCCUGCCCGUAGCAUCACACAAGUGUGGGGCGUCCCAUCCCCCAUUGACACUGUAUUUACCCGUUGCAACUGCCAGGGGAAAACAUACAUCUUCAAGGGAAACCGGUACUGGAGAUAUGAAAAUGAUGUUGUCGACAGUGGAUAUCCAAAAUUAAUUGAAUCAGGCUUUGAUGGGCUUCGGGGCCACAUCACAGCUGCUCUGUCUGUGCCUCAAUAUCGUCGGAGGAGAGAGGCAGUCUACUUCUUCAAGAGAGGGGGAUCGGUCCAGAAAUACUCAUACCAGUUUGGUACCAGUCCAACAUGUGGCAGGAAAGUCCAGCAGUACACCAUUACCACAGUCCGUAACCGAUUGGCUCGACAAGCAGUGUCUCUCUUAGGGCCAACAAUCAGCAUCAGGAAAUCCUGGACAGGUUUCCCCUCCACCAUCACAGCUGCUGUGUCUAUCCCGACCACCAGAGAACCAGAGGGAUACAAAUACUACGUCUUCUCUAAAACCAAAUCCUACAACAUCAGGAUGGAUGCUGCACGUCCCGUUGUCGCCCCUGCCCCUAAACCCAGUACGUCACCUCAGAGCAACGACGUCUUCAAAUGCCCAAAGAAAGUCUGAACACCUGAAUACCAGACAGUUCAAAAGAAAUAGUCUUCCACAUUUUCAUGUUUUUUUAAAGUUUAUUACAUUCUUCAUAAAACACAUUGCUUCAGCAUGGACUGAUUAGAAAAGGUACUUUCUAAGUACAUUUAAAAAACAAAAAAACACAACAGGCUUCAGAGCAAGUGAACAUUAUCAUGACUGAAUAUAGAAGCUGAACACUCAGAUUGAAAAAGAAAAUGUAUAAUGUGGUUCUAGGGGGAAUGACAAGUUCUGCAGUCAUGUUUGUCCAGUUUUAGUGCUUCAUCUGGCGAAUCGUCUCCCGUUUCCCCCCCGAGAGGGAAAUGCUUGACCUGUUGGAAUAUAAAAAGCUUUUUAAGACAAAGCCUGCUAUACUGGUGUAAAAAUGAUGUGCAGUGGCUGUAUAAAAUGUGAAAUAUGAUGAUUGAAAGAAUUCAUGUUUUAUAAUGCACAAUACACAAUACCAGUGAAAAGUUUGGACCCAUUUGAAGGUUCAAACUUUUGACUGAUACUGUGUUCAUUAAGUGCCAUGAUUGGGUAAUUAAAAUUAAAAAAGAGCUUCGUCAGGAUUCGUGCGGACAACAUUAUUGCUGGUUAAAAACUAAGUGGCUUAACAUUCAGUGCUAUUUUUCAAGCAUGCAAUUUUUAAAGAAAUGUAAUAUUUUAUUAUUAAUUCUGAAACAUUAAGGAUGAAAUGUGUAACUUUUUAUUUGGUUUGCAAUAAAGAUGCAAUGUUAUUAUACAA